GACGACCUUCUGCAAUCUGGUAUCCGCCUGCCCCCCGAUCAGAUCUCUGGGUAGGAACACCAUGUAGGUGGGCAGCGUGGCAGCGAACUUGAUCUAUCUUUGGCACUUAACCGCUUUUCUGGCGUCUCAGCUUCUACUACCACUUCAGAGGCGAACAGCAACGUCAGAGCUAUGUGUCAGAGGAUCGGACCUGGGCCGCGCUAUUUUCGGAUUUAAUCAGUCAAACGACCACGAUGAACAGCAGCACGGAUUUCACUCAACUAUGGCAUCGCCAUUUGGCCAACCUCCGCCAUGACUUCUCGACUGGACCUGUUGACAGCACUAGUGUACGAGCUUUGCCUUCGGAGCCGGCGAGGAGUGUGGAUGGGAGAGGAGACAGUGAAGCUACGCCCAGGGGCCCUGAUUACCAUGGAACUCAAGCAGCGUCGCUCCCAGUUGGACAUCAGUGGGACGGAGACAUGGAGAUGGUGAUCGAUGCUUUGCAGGAGCUUGAGGUUCAAAGCCCUAUCACCGCCACCGAAACCCUCAGCCCCGAUUCACUGUGGUUCAGAGACAAUCAUCUUCGCCGUGAUGCCGACGGUGAUGGAGAUAUAGAAACUGAGACUGUAAUAUCGUCACCUCAGAAUUCGAGUUGGUCGAGGACCGUCGGGCCUCCGAAAGCACAACAAGAUCGCUUCUCUUUGCAGCUACAACCACAGCUGAAAAGCCCAGUUAACCUCUACACAUCUGCGGCUGCCAAGGGGCUUGAUACAAAUGCUAGAGCACGGGCAGAAAGGAGAUACUCUCAGGACUGGUACAGAGAUCAUGCAACGCUCCUCUCACACUCUCAGCAACCAUACGAAACGUACUCGGCUUAUCCAGCAUCACCAAGUCUCAACACCGCUCGACCUGAUCCCGAGACCGAACCGCCAGAACCCAGAACCAGGUUUAGCUCGGUCUUCUCUCCCUCCCAGCGCGGUCGAUACGCACAGCUAGCCGAAGAAGUCAACGUCUUGAUCCUCAGCUGGGCCACAACAACAGCAACAAACGCAAACGUCAAGCAACAAGGCCCAAUGAAACACAGGUCAAGUCGGCAAGGGUUCAGUACCUCCACAGAGUCUGUCCGCAACUGCUUUAAACGACUCGGAUAUCGAGUUCAAUGCCGAUCGAUUCCCGAGGACUAUCCUACUGCGGCUGUGGAGACCAUCCUGGCCAAGUUUCUCGCGGACUCCGAUAUGGACCAGGAGAAGAAGAAGUUACUGAUUGUUUUUUACGCUGGGGAAGCGGGCAUGGUUGGAGGGAGGAUGAUGUUGGCGAAUGCAAGUGGCACGAGUCAUUUCUUCUUGGAGGACAUUCGCGAACCCAUCAUGUCGAGUGAGGGCGACGUCUUGCUCAUCUUUGACUGCCACUACUCCAUGAAUUCGAAUGAGAGCACAGAAACCGAAGAUCAAAUGCUGGUUGAGCCGGGUCUGGCAUCUUCACCCUCCAUUAAGCAACUUUUGGGCGCCUGCGUUCCAUUGCCCGGAACGGAAACUCCCAACAGCAACUCGAAGGGGGCUACACUAGCAGCAACGAAAAUGACCCAGGCCCUAUGCAGAGUCCUGGACAGCACCUAUGCCCGAGGAGACGGCAAGGUAUCAGUGCAGAGGCUGUGCUCGUUUAUGAAAGAGGAGUUACGACAGGACAGAACGGGACUCGACCAAAGGGUAUUUGUUACGCAGUUGGGAGGAAGACACUUGUUGGAUAUCGAACUGCCUGUAUUGUCUGUUGGUACUGGUAUCAACGUUGGUGGUGGCAAUGAUGUUGGCGGUGAUAUGUUGCGGGGCAUGAAGGUCCUCCGAGGUUGACAACACGGGGGCGGCUUUCAGGUUGAACCCCAGUGGGGUAAGUUCAGUCCAUUCGAAAGC